AUGUCCCAAGGAAUUCCGGGUGACCGGCAAGAACUCUACCAGUCCGCUAUAUCUUUUUUGAAAGACACAACUGUGGCAGAUGCUCCUUUGAGUAAAAAGGUCGAGUUCUUGCAGUCAAAGGGGCUGACGAAAGAAGAGAUUGAUUUGGCAAUCAGAGAAUCACAAGCUUCAACUACCGUCAGCAAUCAAGCGCUGUCAACUGCACGAGAUUUACCAGCUUCUUCUGAAAGCGUUCGGCAAGAAUAUAACUAUGAAGCCGUACCCCCUCCUCUUCCUCGCCGAGAUUGGAAGGACUACUUUAUAAUGGCAACGGCAAGUGCCGGUUUGUGCUAUGGUGUCUAUCAGCUGGCUAAGCGCUAUGUUCUGCCUAAUCUCUUGCCCGAACCACAGGCGAAGCUCGAACAAGAUAAACAGGAGAUAUUCCAGCAGUUUGACAAAAUGGAGAAGCUUCUCACCACAAUUGAACAAGAGCAAGAAGAAUUCAAGAAGAAAGAAGAAGAAAAGUUAGUUCAAGUUGAUGCUACUGUCAUUGAUCUUCAGACGGCGCUUGACGCGACUACGAGAACAAGGGAAAGAAUUGAAAAUGAAUUUAGGAUGCUAAAGUUAGAGAUGACUAACUUACAAAACUCAAUAGAUAGCUUCAUGUCUGACAAUAACAAUUUGAAAGAGUUUGAGAAAUUGAAAGAAGAGAUUAACUCUUUGAAGAAUCUCAUAAAAACAAGCAGCCUUGUGAGAUCAGAAUCACCUUCCGAAGGCGAUAAAUCCCCCCAAUCUAAUGGCAUACCGGGUGUCGAAGCAAUACCCUCUGCAUCUGAAAUUUUAGCUAAAAUGAAUCUUUCCAAGAAGACGGACGAGAACGUCCCAGCGUGGAAGAAAGGGAAGGAAGCAGCGCUAAACUCCAGUGAUGGAUCAAUACCAGAAUGGCAGAAAACUGCUAUGAAAAAAGCACACACCCCGAUUCCUGACUGGCAGAAAGCAAUGCUUAAUGCAGAGUCAUCUUCUGGAUCGGAAGAUCCUAUAUCCUAA